AUGAUGGUGUUGGAAGCUGGCGAUGAAGAAUCGUCAAAGCUUCUAGACAAUCAUAGUAAUAGUAAUAGUAAUAACAAUAAUGAUGAUAGUAUUAGCAAUAAUAACAAAGAUGAUGAGAUUAUAGUAGAUGAACAGAUAAUAUCUACAAUUGACGAAUCAACAACGAAAUUAAUCAAAGAUGAUGAUAAUAAUAAUCAACAACAUCAACAACAAAUAGACGAUAGUACUAUUGUACCAGUAUUCAAAAUGUCAUUGUUGGAUUCAUCAUCUGAAGAGGAUGAACAAGAUUUUGAAAUCAUUGAUGAAGCAAUGAAAAGUCAUAAAGAUUAUAAUGGUUCGUCGACCAAUCUUGGGGAGGCAGAGGAGGAAGUAGAAGAGAUGGAAACAAAAUCAGAUUCAUCAAUGGGAUUUGAAGAUAUUACAUUGGAAGAUGAUACUGUUCAAGAAGAGUCUCUUCAACAACAACAACGUGCCAAACCAGCUGCAUCUCCAUUCAAACAAUUAUUGACCAAUAAGUUCAAGUCGUUUACUCAUCUGUCAACAUCUCCUGGAUCCCUUUUUGGUGUCAAUACGCAUAAUCAUCAUCAUGACGAAGACGGAAUGUCAACAUCACCUCAAUCAAAAGCACCAACCUCUCGGUCAUACAAUGACAAAUACCACACAUUCCCAACAUCACCAUCACACUCGUCACCAAAUAUUAAAUUAUUUACCAAUAUGAUACAACAAAGUGGUGGAGGUGGAGGAGACAAACCAACACCAAUACCAACAACUCUCCCAUCAUCUAUGACUAUGGCAUCGAUACCGAGACCAACUUCACCAACACAAGUCAUACCACCAACCAUACCAAAAAAUACUAAUCAACGACAACCAUUUAAUCAAUUUUCAAAUGGUCAUAACAACCUUUUAUUCCAAUCUACUAACAACUAUCACAAAAAUGGUGGCGGCGCCAAUAAUAAUUAUAAUAAUAAUAAUAAUAGUAGUAUAACAUCAACAACUACAUUAUCAACAACUACAACCAUGACUACAACAACAACUGGUAGUAAUAAUGUUAGUAAUGUUAUAUCAUCAUCAUUAUCAACUACCAACUCUACUACAACUACAACAAGCGCAUCAACUACACCUGACACUACUGUUACCAAUUUUAACAUUCCACUUCCACCACCAACACCAACAAAAAUCCUAUCAUAUAUAACAUCAUCAUCUGCACAUCAUCAAUCUGUCGAUGCAUCUACAUUGGCACAAAACACGCUAUCAUCACUUACCCGACCAGUUCUAUCAUCCGACACCAACAAAAUCAGUUCCCGUAUCCUUUUCCUUUUAUCAUUGUCUAUCUUUUUCUCUGUAUCCAACCUCUACUAUAUACACCCACUACUCAACAUGGUGGGUGAAGAGUUUGACCAAUCGCCAACAGUCCUUUCCAUCGUCACAAUGUCUGUACAAAUUGGAUACGCAUUUGGACUGCUAUUCAUAUCGAUAUUGGGUGAUGUCUAUUCCAAGAAAAAGCUGAUAUUAAUAUUAUCGGUUGUGACAUCUGCGUCAUUGGUCGGAGUUGGACUCUCACCCAAUAUCAUUGUCAUGAUUAUAUUUCAAUUCCUAGUUGGAGCCACCACCAUCAUACCUCAUAUUGCCAUUCCUUUGGCUGUCGACCUAACCAAUCCCGCCGAACGAGGUGGUAUCAUUGGUAUCCUCAUGUCAUCUCUAUUUGUUGGAUUAUUGGGUGCUCGUGUACUAUCUGGUAUUCUUGGUGCACUCAUUGGUUGGAGAAUCCUUUAUUUUGUUGCCGCUUCAACCAUGUUUUUAGUUUCCAUUUUAUUAUUUAUAUUUUUACCUUAUAAUCCAAGAAACCAAGAACCAAUACCAUAUCAUAAAUUAUUAGCAUCACUUGUAAAUUUAGUAAAAUCAAAUGACCAAUUAAAACAAACAUGUUUUAUUGGAGCAUGUAUCUUUUCAACCUUUUGUAUAUUAUGGACAACACUGUCAUUUAGAUUAAAUGAAGAGCCAUAUGAAUACAGUAGUGGAUUUAUUGGACUGUUUGGUCUGAUUGGAAUGGCAGGAGCUAUUGCAGCACCUAUUGUUGGUAAACUGUCGGAUCGAACCAAUGUACAUUUGAUCAUGGUCAUUAGUAUUUUAAUUUGUGUGGUUGGAUACGUACUGUUGCUUACACUCGACAGUCAUUUAAUUGCCAUCAUUGCUGGUAUCUUUAUUUUGGACUUGGGUGUUCAAUCCUGUCACAUCACCAAUCAAUCGAGAAACCUAAAAAUGAGCGAAACCUCUCGAUCACGAAUCAAUGCCUGUUAUAUGGCAUCCUACUUUAUUGGUGGUUCGUUGGGCAGUGGUAUCUGUGGUGUCAUCUAUCAACACUGGGGAUGGAGUGGAUCCAGUGUCGUUGCACUAGUAUUUUUGGGUUUAGCAAUGACUUGUCAUCUAAUGUAUUACAAGGCCAAUACAACAUUGGAUAACAACGAGUACAGAGAAAUGGAUGAUCUCAAUCCAACACCAGGUGCACCACAAUAUAUUGCACGUAAAAUGUCAUCACCUCAUCUUCUUGAAACAAAACAACAUGAUCACUAUAUUGAAUUAAAUGAAGAUCAUCACGAUGACGACCACUCUUCUUAUAGUACUCAUUAA